AUGUCAUACAUAGCUCCUAUCCACAGGCCAAGCAGUGUGCGUCACGCUGUUAAGCUAAACUUAUUUGCAGCCAACGAAUCAUGCCUAGUUGUCGCAAAAGCGAACCGGAUUGAAAUAUGGGAGCCAUCAGAGGUCGGGCUCUCCAUGAAGCUCUCCAAGAGUUUUUAUGGACGCAUAUCAAUGCUUGCGAAAAUUCGCCCUCUAGGUUCUACGACAGAUCAUCUCUUUAUCGGUACUUUGCGCUUUAAGUAUUUUACUAUUGCCUGGAAUAAAUGUAGAAAAGAACUCGAAACGAUUUUAUCUUUCGAAGAUAUAUCAGAUAGAUACAUGCGAGAGUCGCAGAGCCGGGAUGGAUGUCUGGUGGAUCCAACUCAUCAAUAUAUGAUACUUGAACUAUUUGAAGGUGUCAUAAACCUGAUCAGAAUUAUAAAGCCUAAACGUGGAAAGGGUCAAUACAUGGACAAGGCAGAGCAAGUUCGGCUCGCUGAACUCAAGGUUCGGUCAUCAACCUUCUUAUAUACAGAAACUAAGCAGCCCAAAAUCGCAAUCCUUUACACCGAUAGAAAUGGUAGUGAUGUACGGCUCGCUACGUAUAGAAUCGUUGACGAAAAGGGACAAUACUCGUCUUUUAAUCCAAAAAAAGAUCGUGAUAAUGAGCUUGCUGGACUAGACAUCACGGCCAGUCAUCUUAUCCCCGUACCUAAGGGGGAUCGGGGACAGAAGAGGUAUAUGGUUCGAAGCUCUACAAUAUCAAAAGCUCUUCUAGGCGGGGUCAUAAUUGUCGGUGAGACCACGAUGACAUACCUAGAUGAUGAGAGUAAGGCAGUCGUCAACUAUAUUCUCGAUGAAGCCUCAAUAUUUGUUGCCUGGGAACAGUUAGAUGGUCUGAAUUAUCUACUAGCAGAUGCUUAUACAAGGCUUUUUGUCCUAACAAUUGUCGUUGAUGGACCAGAAGUUCUAUGCAUGAAAAUGCGAUUUCUUGGAAAUACAUCAAAAGCCAGUCAGAUGGUCCUUUUGGAUGAAAAUUUGGUUUUUAUCGCUUCGCACGAAGGAGAUUCUCAGGUGAUAGCUAUCGAUCUCAGCCUAGACAAAAAUGCGAUAACCCUGAUACAAACUAUGCCGAAUAUUGCACCUAUAUUAGACUUUGCCAUUAUGAAUAUGGGUUGUGGAGACAAUGAGCCUCAGUGGAACGAAUACUCAUUUGGACAAGCUCAACUUAUCACCGGUAGUGGAGCGAAUGAAUGUGGAAGCCUAAGGAGUGUACGAAGUGGUGUGGGCCUCGAAGAUGACGGUAUUCUUGCAGAUAUACAGGAAGUCAUAAGUAUUUUUGCCCUAAAAUCUACUCAAGACUCAGAGUCUAAUGAUAUACUCCUUGUUUCUUUACCAAUGGAGACUAGAAUCUUCAAGUUUAGCUCUGCAGAAGAUAUCGAAGAAGUUGAGCAACUUGGUGAUCUGAUCUUCUGUGAGGGCAGUCUUCUUGCUAUGAGUCUUCCUAAUGGUCGAAUCCUUCAAAUUACAACAUCAUUAGUAAUGAUCCUCGGGUCUGAUUUUAAACUCAAAGCCAAAUGGAGCCCACUUAGGGGUCAGCGCAUUAGUGCUGCCUCCUCUAAUCAUGAACAUGUGCUACUUUCCUCGGAUGGAGUCAGCUUGAUUUCUUUAGAUAUCAAUCAGAAUCUACACCAAGUAGCUACCCAAAUUCUCGAUAAAAAUGAGCAAGUUGCAUGUGUUCAUGUACCUAUCCAAUUUUCGGGUAUAGGAGUUGUAGGAUUUUGGCAGACUGCGUCUGUAUCCAUUAUUAGACUCCCAACUAUUGAGACGAUUCAGACAGAAACUCUUAGAAAAAUCAACGGUGCUUCUACUCCGAGGAGCCUUGCUUUGGCUCAAGUUCUACCAACAAAUAUUUCGGGCCCAUCAUUAUUCAUCGCCAUGGAAGACGGAGUCAUAAUAACUUUCACGGUUGAUCCAAAUACAUUUAAUCUUUCUGGAAAGAAAAGUGUAGUUCUUGGUAGUCAGCAGGCUCAGUUUCAUAUACUCCCACAAAAGAACGGUUUGAUCAAUAUUUUUACAACUUGCGAACAUCCAAGCCUUAUUUACAGCUUAAAUGGCCAUAUAGUAUACUCUAUAGUGACAGCUUAUGAUAUAACUUCAGUCUGUCACUUCGAUAGCGAUAUUUAUCCCGACUCCGUUGUGGUCGCAACCCCCACGACUCUUAAGAUCUCAAAGAUUGACACUCAGAGAAGAACUCAUAUUAGGUCGCUGCCAGUGGGAGUAACAGUAAGGAGAGUAGCCUAUUCAUCAAGAGAACGAGUCUUUGGAAUCGGAUGUGUAAAACGAGAACUUAUUCAUGACCAGGAAGUUGUAAGUUGUUCUUUUGCUCUAGUAGAAGACAUUCUCUUCAAUAGAGUCGGAGAGGAAUAUAAAUUAAAUCGCAAAGAAGAAGUAAUUGAAUGUGUAGUGCGUACUGAAUUACCGACUGAGCACAGUGAUUGCGCUUUCGCUGAGAGAUUUAUCAUUGGCACUAGCUUCCUUGACAACGAUGGUGGUGACGAACGAGGUCGAAUACUUGUACUAAGCAUUGAUGGCAGCAGAAGUCCAUCUCUAGUCUCUGCACUUACCGUCAAAGGCGCAUGUCGUCAAGUAGCGAUAUUAAAUGGUCAUAUAGUUGCCGCGCUGGUUAAGACUGUCGUCAUUUAUAAAUACGUCGAAACAACGUCGGCUUCCGCUGAGUUCUUCAAGCUAGCAACAUAUAGGUGUUCCACAUGUCCUAUUGAUCUCGUCAUUCAUGAUAAUAUAAUCGCAGUGGCCGAUCUUCAAAAGUCUUUGGCCUUACUUGAGUAUCAACCAGGUCAAGAUGGUUUGCCCGAUAAGCUUGUUGAAGUAGCGCGACACUACCAAUCAUGCUGGGCAACCGCUGUAUCUCAUAUUGAAGGGUAUUCCUACCUUGAGAGUGACCAAGAAGGUAAUCUGAUCGUUCUACGUCGAAAUACAGAGGAACUGCCUCUCAAAGAUCAACGCCGUAUGGAGGUAACAGGAGAAUUCCACCUUGGCGAAAUGGUUAAUCGGAUCCGAAAGAUUCGGGUACGGCCAACAGCAGAUGCCGUUAUUAUUCCGCAAGCCUUUCUUGCGACGACUGAGGGCUCCAUCUAUCUCUUUUCAACUAUCUCACCCUCUGCUCAAGACCUCCUGCUGCGUCUACAGAGCGCCAUUGCAGCGCACGUUAAGUUGCUUGGUGAUAUCGACUUUCAAUCUUAUCGGUCCUUCUGGAAUCUUGAUCGUGAGACCCUAGAACCCUUCCGCUUCGUUGACGGCGAGUUGAUUGAGCGCUUUCUCGAAGUUGAUAAAAGUAUACAGGCCGAUAUCUGUCGCGGCUUGGGCUCUUCCGUCGAAGGCAUCCGUGGUAUGGUUGAAGAUCUGAAACAUUUACAUUAA